CCUAUUUGCCGUCGAACGCGCGCGCAUCCACCACACCAAUCGCCCAAUACCACUCCUCGACGGGUCCAUUCGUAUUUCGAACUGUUAAACAAUCUGUCACUUUCGUCACGGCGUUCGCGGGUGCUGUACCGCUGUUAACCGGUCGCGACCACGACGUUUCAGCGUAAUCGCCAUCGUACGUUCGUCGACAUGUUCAACGGUUACUACGGGUCGACGUCGGAGAACAGCGACAGCGACGCGCCGGCGGACGACGUGUCGUCCGCCCGGACGAUGGACCUCAACUACCUGCUGCUGGACGGCGACACCAUCCACAAGCAUUUGGAGGACGUGUGCACGCGCGGCCGCCCGGACACGGUGGACACGAUGCUGCUCAACCACAACGCGAUGCUUUCACUGCCGCUGGUCAUCGGCCGGUUCCAGCACUUGCGCGUGCUCGACAUCAGCAACAACCGGCUGACCAGCGUGCCCGACUAUGUGGCCCGGUUGCCGCUCACCACGCUGGUCGCCAAGAACAACCUGAUCGACGACGACGGAUUCCCGAAAGAGUUCGGCCGGUCCGCGCAUCUGAAAGUGCUCAACAUCAGCGGCAACAGGCUGUCGCACUUUCCCGUGCAACUGCUGUCGGUCACCACCCUCGAGUACCUGUACAUGGGCAGCAACAACCUGGUCGAGAUACCCAAAGAUAUCAACAGGCUUGUCAGGUACAGUCCGUAAUAACGUAACAAUACGUGCCCGGGCACCAUAAUUAUUAUAAUUGCAGUGUUCGCCGUUGGCGACGUUAUUGUGCUAUAAUCUACGGUAUUUACCGACUGGUGCGAUAAGAAUGAUAUUACGCGGCGAGCAGUUGCGCGCGAAUUAUCGUGUCGCGCGUGAAUACGUACGUUUGUAGACGCAUUAUCAUAAUACAAUAUCGCGUCUCGUUUACACAUUAUUGUAUAUUGUAUUUAUAUAAAUAUAAUUGUGUAAUCGGUCACAUGUUUCACGCGUUUCGGACACGUGCGCGUGGGUACACGAACGCACGAUGUGAAUCAUAGGCAAUAGUGUUAUAGUAUCAAGUGUAUCGUUUACCCGUUCCGGUCGAGUGUGUACACUGUAAAGGCACUGACUGAUAACCAUUUCUCCAAAUUAGAGGGGGGUUCACCCUUCCGUUUAAAACUCAGCCGAGACCUCCCAUCCAAAUCAAGUAAAUACCAAGCACGCGUGAUCAAUAUUACGGGACUCAACAGGCUCCCCCGAAAUAUUCGGGCUAUUUAGUAAUUACGUCUGUGACGGUAACUGUACGAUAGCCGCAAUUUGAUGCCGGGCCGUGGACCCCGGCCGAGAUAUUCGCAGAUGUCUCUAAGGUACACUAGUGAUGACAAGUAAACUCGCUAUCGCUAUUGUUACUUUUAGAUUCUGAGCGGAUCGAGAAAUGUUUUACUACGAUGUUAGUUUUUGUACUCUUUUUUUUUUUUUUUUCUUUUUUUUAUUGCCUGUGAACAACUUUUCUACCGGAAAUUUUACUCCGAUGGUAAAGUGUACUGCGUUUUCGAAAGGAAAUUUCACCUGGGCGGUACUUUAAGAAUGUUAUUUUUUGAUUUUCCCAGCGGUUUUCAUAGUAAUCGGGAAAACGGGAAACUUUAAGAAAUGCAUUAUUUUCAAUGUUCUUUUUUAUUGUGAUUCAAGAACCAUUCAACAUUCAACAAUUACCGGGCAACAAUAAAUUGCUCUACGCUACCCGUGGAAUUUUCAGCGCGCAAUAGUAUUUCAAUAUUUACUUAGUGAGUACCUAUUGUAGCGAUACUAUAUGAAUCGUUAAUUAUUAAUAAAGUGGCGUGCUACUCCCGACCGCCGCUGAAAAAUCGGAAGUAUUUCAAAGGAAUCCAUUAAUAAAUGCCCAUUUUUUAGAAGACACUUUCCGAAAUUAUAUAGGUGUCGGAGAUGGGGGAUCUAGACACCCUAGACCUCCAAUUCCCCGUAAAUCCACCGCGGGGGUAAGUCGAACAAAAUAUCAUCAUAAUAAUUGUGUUGGCGUAUUUUUUUUUUUCACAUUUCGGGUGUGAUGAACAACCUGUUGAUUUUAUUGAGACUAUGUUUUUUUUUUACUUUUUUUUUUUUUAUCGAUACCAGUACGCUAUAUUUCGAUUUUUUUACGAAAUGCUUUAAAAGAUGCGGAAUUCAUUUUGGUGGUACUUUAUUUGGAAAAUAUUUCUAGAUUCUCAUAAUUUUUUCUAUACAAUUUAACUAUAUAGUAUACAUACACCGAUAUAUUAUCGGAUUCAUUUUGUUGAUUUCUGGAUUACCUUGGCUACGGGGAAAACAAAAAAUACUAAUACUGCUAAUUCAGAAUUUAUUGCAGCCUUGUAUCCGUAUUAUAAAUACACGUAUAUUUAUAUUGAAUAUUCACGUAUUCAACGUGACGUGUGAAUACGCGUCGUGUAUUUAUCCUAAGUAGAUAUUCGUGAGUUUACGUGAAUUCCGGAUUACACGGUCUCCAGCACGAGAUUUUUAAUAUCGCGUAUACACGUGUAGCAGCCCUAAACAAAGAUUAUUUUGUAUAAUACACAUCCUUCUCAACUACCCACCUAUAAUAGUAACUACUUGUGAUUUUUUAUACUAAAAACAUUAUAAAGGCAGAGGAAGGAUGGUGAACCCUUAAAACCUCCCUUCGCUCGCCACUGAAAAAUGUUUAGAUGUCCCUCAUAUGUUUAUUUUUCUAUAUAGGUACUUACAAGCAAUAUACUAUUUAAGUGCAUUAUUUUAAAUAUUUUAAUUUUUUUAACUCACUAAUCGUCUCUCUAAAUCAUCGGUUUUCAACCUGGGGGCAAUUACCCUCCAAAGGGUAAAACUGGAUUAUUAUUAUUUUUUUUUUUUUGGGAGGGGGUAAAAAUAAGACAAUUUUUUUUUAUUGCAUGAACUGUGUAUUAUUAUUAAUAUUAUAAAUAUUAAAUCAUUUUAGAUUCGGAGCGUAGGUAGGGUUCUAUCGGUUUUACUAACGAUGCGUAAUUUUAUUUUUAUUAUUAUUAUUAUUAUUUUUGAAUUUGUAAACCUUGUUUCGAUGUGUAGAGUGUAGCAUCUUUUCUAAAAAUAAAUUUUCCCUAGUUGAUGCAUUGCGAAGGUCAUUUUUCGAUUUUCUAGGAAUUUUCAAAAUAAUUGGGGAAAACCGGAAAGAAAAUAAUUGGUAAAAUGGGAAAUAUUUACGGCGCAACGGCGUUACCGAUUUGAUUGUUUUUAAUAUUCGGAAACUAUGUUUUCCUAAUUUAUGUAAACUUAUGUUUUCCUGGUAGUUUUACGACGGGAUUUAAAUAAUUGAAUACAUUUUGAAAUCCUCUAGACCGAAAGUAAAUUUAAUUUGUUGAGGCGUUCACUGAUUAUUAUAUUAUUCGCCUAGGGGAACAGGGAAUGUGAUGUAGACCCGGAGACGUGACAGGGGAUACGAAAUCGUGAAACUGCUCUUUUUACAAUAUUAUCAGAAGACUGUGUAUUUCGUUUGGUCACUGUUAUUCGACAUUCUAUUAUUUAAUAAUUAUUACUUACGUACAGUAUGUGGUAUACGCUAUCCGCGUGUACAACCACAAUAGGAAAGUAGCAUUCAAUUUUUGGAUUUUUUGAAAUUUCUAAUUUAAAAAUUGUUAUGUAAAAUAAUAUAAAAAUAUGAUAUUGUUUAUGGCAAAUUACCAAUCUAACGGGGUAUGACACCUAACUCACAUCAAAAAAUAAGCCUAAUAUAGACCUACGCAGAUCACAUAUAUAUAUAUAUAUAUAUAAGAACAUUUAGAAAUCUGGGUACAUAGAUAUCUUUUCAAAAACAAGAAUUAAGAUCUGUUUGAAUUGUUUUUUUUGUUCGUGUGUUAUUUCCUGUUUUGCAGUAUAGGUAAAUAUAUAGAACAGAAAUUUACUUAAUACUAAUAAUUUUUAAUGCAUAUUUUAAUAUAAUAUUAUUGUUUUGGUCCUAGGAAAGAUAUAAGGGCUUAGGUGAAAUUGUUUUUUAUAUUUUUGUCAAAUGUAAUUUUUUUCCCAUUAUUUUUUUAUCUAAAUUGCAUUUGCAUUUUCAAAAUUUAAUUUGCUUGCGAAUUGAAAACUAUACACAAUUGAUUUAGGUCUUUCUUCCCUGGGACCAUACAUAUAAUAAUUGAUAAAAUUAUUGCAAUAAUUCACGAUAAACCCGAACAAACUCUUAUGUCAAAUAAAUAUAUAUUGAGAUGUAAACACUGUACACAUUAUUAUAAUACCUUAAUAAUUUUUAAUAAUAAUUAAUAAUACCUUGUUGUCAUCGUCGGCGUGUAGGUAUUCAACACAGGGACCUAUACAAGGGGGGGCGAUUUAGGGCGAUCGCUUCUCUCUCCUGGGCAUUGUUGAAAAUGUUUUAUGUAUGAGUACUUAUGUAUUUUAUUAUUAUUAAUCAAACAUUUUUAAACAAAUUAAAUUUUUUCUAUGUGCGGAAAUGUUUAUCAAACACUUGUUAAGAGAUUGAUUAGAAAUUAGAGAUAUUGUAGCUUUUAUCAACAUAUAUCUACUGUUGGUUAUAAUAAUUAUAUUGUGAUUGUCUAUACGAUUAUUCUCUAUACUCCGUAACCAUGUUACGUGUUAUUAACUUAUUCUGUUUUCGGGAAAUGAUGAUAUAGAGCCGUGAUAACUAUAUCAUAACAAAAAUUGAUAAGCUUUAAUGAAAAGACGGCCAUGGUAGUGCUCAUACAGCACUGCAGGUCUGCAGAAGUUUUCGGCGUUUGUGUUAGUAGUUUUUAUUAAUAUUCAAUACUGAAAUUCAUAAUACACUUAUACACGAAAUAAUGGCUACAUAUAAUGGCUUAUAAUGGUAUUAGGAUAAAAAGCCCCUGACCAAAAAUCACAUAAGAAAAGACAAGCCCUGACGAAGCAAAAAAAUAUUUAUUUAAUAUUUACCUACUACAAAAACUACAACCAGAUAUUCUUACUAUAACCGAUAUGAAUAAUUGACUACAAAUAAUAUGCUAGAAUAAUUAUUUAAAAACCCCGAGUCCAAAUAUACAAUAUAACAUAUAUUUGCUGACUAUACCUACAGUUUAUUAUUUUAUACUAUUCUGUAUAUGGUUUUUCAAGCAAUAAAUUAGAAAAAUAAGAUACACAUACCCAUAGAUAAAGAAAUUUCCAACAAUAGAAUGCAAUAAGCAAUAAUACACGUAAAACAUGUUUUUGAAUAACUACCUAAUUAUUUUUGAGUUUUUUUAUUUUUUUAAAUGUAUCAUAUUAAUUCACAAUGGGGCUUUUUAUCAAGUUUUCUUUUCAAUACUUAUUAUUAUCCUCAAUUCCUAAUAAUAGUUAUCAAAGUGAAUAGAAAUCAAUUAUUCAAGUUUUAAGCAAGCGAAACGAUCGGAAAAUUUUGAACUGCCGAUCUAUUUAUAAUCUGCAAAACUGCCGUUUAUAGAGACAUAUACUUUUAAAACUAAUAAUUUAUAAGUAUGAUUCAAGUUCGAAUUUCGCCACACCCCCCCUCCCGGAAGAUAAGCUGAAUACACCCCUGAUUCAACACUGUAUGUUAUCAAAACCCGAAGAGUUGAAUAUUAUUUUGACCUUGGCCUUUUAAAGGUCAAAGAACUCAAGUUCUACGGCUGUUGCUGUCUUGCGUAAAAUGUACAUAUAAUAGCUAUGGGCCUACGUAUAAUUAAUUCGGUUGUUAUAGCACAACAACUAUAAUAAUUUACCACUAAUAUAUCACAUUAUAAUCGUUACAAAUUAAAUCGAUGUAAGAACAAAUUAUACAAUUAUUUUAUAAUAAUUAUUAUAAAAUAAAUAAUUAUUGUAUAAUAUGAUAUUAUUUAAUGCUGACUGCAGCCAAUUGAAAACUAUUAUACCUGUGCAUAAUACAUGUAAUCUAAUAUAUACAUAUGUAUAUUAUUUUGUUUAUUCAAUCCUUUUAUUAAUAAAAGACGAACAAUCUACAGCGUUUAUGAUGUCCAGAAAGCUAAUUUUACCGCAAUAUAUUGGGUCAGCUGUAUACUUGGAAUUUUUUCAAAGUGGAUGAGAUAUUGAAUUUCAAAAUUGUGUCACGUGUUGACCGUGUAGAUCAGAGGUUCCCAAAGUCGCCUAUAUAGACCCCCAGAGGUUUAUUCUGACCUGCAAGUAGACAAUUUCAUCGAAAUAAAAAUUGGAGGCGCAUGAGAUAUAAAUAGGGGCAAUAAAUGAAAUCAGGGGAGUCUACGAAAAAUAGAACAAAUUAUCAAGUAGUGUACAGAAAAAAAGUUUGGAAACCUCUAGUGUAGAUUUAAAAAAAAAUCUAUUUUUUUUUUUUAUUCAUAUUUAUUUCGAAAGUAAUUUAUAAUCUGCUUUAAAAUUAAAAUUGAAAUCAAAUAACAUGGCAUUAUUUGUAUAAUAAUAUAAGUUUUUUUUUAACUAACUUAAACUGCUUCGCAUAAAAGCGAUUCUACUAUGAGUUUUAAACAAGAAGUUUUCGUCGAUAUAAUGUUAACUGUAGGUAUCAUUUAGAUAAAAAAAAAAUGCAAUUUAGUAAAUAUAAAUUCUUAUAAAAGUACAUUUCUUUUCUUUAAAAAAAAAGUCAAGAGAAAGGAAGAUAUAUGUCUAUGAUAUACCUCCUAAAUACACCAUUGCUAUUCAAUCAUAUGCUCUGUAAUAUAUUUGGCACCUAUCUAUUCAAAAUGUGCAUAUUUAUGUUUUACUAUAGAUAUUAAAGUGUAAAACAUAUAGAUAUACAAAGGUACACAUAUUAAUAUAAUACCUAGAAUAGUAUUUUUUGCGAAUUUGCUCGAUGAUAAAUGUUUAUUUGUUUUAUAAUAUAUAAUAUACCUUACCUACAGGUCAUCACGAAAUUUGGACAACUGUUAGCUUGUUAGUAAAUUAGCUAUAUAUAUAUACCUAUAUAAGUCAAUACUCAAUAUUUGAAACGCUAACAAAAGAAUUAAACUAGUUCUUCAUGUUCACGUUUGUCGUCCAAUAAAAUGCACGCGUUCAGUGUUGCCAGAAAAACCCCAGAUAUCAAAAAUGAUUAUUAUGCAUCUUAUUUUUUAAAACCGUGUUACAUAAUGAUAAUAAUCCGGAUUUAAUUAAUUAAUUAUUAAAAUAAUGCUGAAUGAUUUAUAUUACUUUAUAUAUAAAACUGAAAUCAAGCAAAAGAGGAAAUCUUUGUUACGGUUUGGCUUCGAAACUUCUUAUCCAAUUGUCAUGCAGUUUUUUUUUUUAAUGAAAGAGGAUAUCACGGAGCAGGUUUUAGGCAUAAAUAAAGUCCGAUAAUGUUAGUCAAUAAUUAGUUAUCUAUACAUAUAAAAUCCAAAUACCACUGACUCACUGAUCGCUGUAUCUCAAACACUACUCAACGUACGGACUUGAAAUUUGGAAUAGAGGUUCUUCUCGUAUUUUCACCGUGCAAUAAGAAAGGAUUUUCAAAAACGUUGCGUUUUAGUGGAGUAAUUAACGAUUAUAAUUAUUCACUGCCAAUACGUAUUGUGCGGCACGGCGGCCCGCGGGUUUCCAGGCUACCUGCAACCUAUCCUUUUUAUUCGUCGUCGUCGUCGUCGUGUAGAUAAGAAUAAUGAUUCCGAGAAUAAAAUUGUUCCGAGAAGUUUAUCGAUAAAAAUAAUCUCAUGCAUCGCGCGUACACCAAUACUCCUAAUUUAUCAGGCUAUUAUGUAUAUUAUCGAUAAUUAUGAAUUCAAGACGGUAAAUGGUAAUACAUGGCGUUAUCUAAUUUGUCACGAAUUUGUUUCCGGGCAACCCCGGGUAAUUCAGCUAGUACUACAUAAACUAUUGGUAUUUCGAAGUUUCAAAACGGAAUUUUCAUUAAACAAAAAUAGAUAAAUUAUAUCACGUUUACAGUCGUCAUUGAACUCAUCAACAGCGUAUAUUUUAUUGUUAUUUCUUUUACAUCCUUUACAGUUCAGAAAACCAUCGCUAAAAUCGUUGCGGUUCUUGUAUUCUCGUUUAGGUAUUCCCCGUCUCAAAACUCGACUGCAUUGUAUACCAAACACCUGUCUUGUUGCCAGUCCGUAUUAUCUUAGUUCGUGAUUGUAUUCCAAUAUUAUUAGGUUUCAUUGAUAAUAUUAUUAUGACUUGUUUUUUUAUCAAAUGGACGUUAAACGAACAAAAAUAAGACGUUCAUGUUCACAUAAAAUUGAAUGCUUUUUAUACGCUGAUAUAAAUACAAUACUAAUAAUUUAUUAGUAUUUUAAAAUGUGUAAUUGUGAAAAAAUGAUUAUAGUGAUUUUCGAUUAAAUUUCCUACACCUCAGCGAUAAGACAGUAAUAAAAUAGAUAAUACAAAUUUAAAAAUUCUAACACGUUAUAGAGUCUUACUGUGCAGUUAUUCGUUAAUUUGUUAGUUGUUUUUCUUUUUUGUAAUUCUUUAUUCUGUUCGAUACAUAUAUAUAAUUCAAAAAAUAAUAUUUUCUAAGUAGGUAUAGAUAUUGAUAUUAAAGUUUACUAUUCGUGUUCAAUUAAAAAUAUCUACUAUAAUAUUCAAGCGAAAUGACAGAAUUAUUGUAAAACGUACUAUAAAAGCUUUUCUUAUGCUCCCCCAUCUCAGUGAAAAUCUUUAGUCUUAAAUCUGUAUUCUUAAAUUUAUACCAUCAAAAUACCAGCAGAAUAAUAAUCAAUAAUUUAACGAUACCAGGAACAUACGAUGAAACUUAAAAAUCAUAAUUAGGGUUCAGAUGUUUAUGCACUUAAAAUAACUAUAAUUUGUAUGCAUUUAUGCACUAAGAAAUUACCAAAUAUGCAAUCAAAAUAUACACUAAAGAUCAUAUAAUAUGCAUUUGUAGUUAAAAAAAAAAAACACCAAAAUAUGCACAGCAAAAUUAAUUUUACUUUUAGUAUUUCAUUUUUAUUAUCAGAUUUUUUAGUAGUUAUUUGUGUUUAUUAUUUUUUUAAUAUUACAUAUUAAUUUACAAUUAAAACGUUACCGUGUGAUACAAUGGUUUUUUUAAUUUGUUCAAAUUGUGUACUUAUUUGUUUUAUACCUAUUUCGCUAUUAAUUUAAAUUUUUAAAAAAAUACAAUUUUUUUUUUAAAGUUCGAAAAUGUACCUACUGAAAUAUACAUUUAUAUUCUUAAAAAUCCUAAAAUAUGCAUUUAAAAUACAAAACUAUCAAAUAUGCAAAAAUAUGUAAAAUAAAAAUAGUAUUAUUUGAUUUUAAUAGAACAUGAAUCAAAUUUGUAUUCAGGUUAGCAUUGAAUUGGAUAAACAGACAAAUAAUAUGCAAUAUCGUAAACAACCGAGCCCUAAUCAUAAUAUUGUUAUUACAAUAAUGUAGACGAAUUUAAUAAAAUUAUAAAACUCCAAAGGACACAUUGUUAUGUACGUUUGAUAAAGAUUACCUUGGAGUUGAAACUUUGUUUCGUGCGAUUUCUCUUUAAUCGGAUUCUCGUGUAUUUAUCUAAUAAUAUAUAUUAUAUAUUAUUAUAUAGUGUAACAGUGGUUUUCAAAUUGAGUGCUGCGAGCAUUCACUAGGUGUGCCGCGGUUUUUCGAAAUUUGUUUUCCUUAAAUUGUGACGGGCCACCGGUUACGAUGAUCCGUUCUUUAAGUAUGAAGUCAUAACUCUUUUAACUAUAAUUCGUUUGAGUAUGAAUCAUCAUUUUUGUUAUUACUUCUAAUUUUUUGUAAAAAAUUAAACAAUAAUAAAAAAAAAAUCACAGUGUGCUGUGAAAAUGUUGUGAAAAACGAAGUGUGUCGUGUUCAAAAAAAGUUCGAAAACCACUGUAGUAUAGAAUAGUUUGUGUAGUUCUUAACGCGGGCGGUAUCACUUCGGUUUCUCAGAGGGGCGGUAGACUUGCAGGAGGUUAUAUAAUUUCAAUAUAGUUAUUAUCGUUAAAUCAUCAUCAUGGUAUUAAAUAUUAUAAUAUUAAUAUUUAAUACGUUUUUGAUAAAUAAUUAUUUAAUAAUAUCAACUAUAUAAUAAUGAAUUAAUAAUUUUUUUUUCUAGGUUGAAGUUUUUGUGUUUGGGCGGAAAUCAUCUAUCUGAAGUGCCCGUGACUUUGGGUAUGUUAGACAAUUUGAAAGCGUUAAAUUUGUGCGAUAAUGUUCUGGAGAGUUUACCACCGGCCAUUGCCAAUCUCAAACAUCUCAAAUCGUUAAUGCUGCACAAAAAUAGACUCCGUACACUUCCUAUAGAAAUCAUAUCAUUGAAGUGCCUCUCAGAGGUAAAUAAAUUUGAAACAAACGUUGUUUCUACCUAUUAAUUUAUGUUAAAAGAAAAAAAAAUAUCCUUUUUGGCCUUCUUUGGCCCAUCAUCUAUUUACGCGGGUCGACGAGCGAUGGUUUAAUCUUCUCCAUUAAUAAACUAUUGAGUGAGUACUCAAACAUUUACGAGGAACAAAUAUUAUAAAACCUUUUAUUAGCAUAUAAGUCAAAAUCGAUAUAAUAAUAUAUAGGUAGGUAAUAAACUAAUAAGUUUUAAUUUUAUUGUUAUUUCACAGUAUAAAUGCUAAAUGCAUCAAAUUAUACAUAUAGAUCCCAUUUUAUUAUUUAAGUAUAUUUUAGAUUGUGAGCGAAUUGAAGGGGUUUUUCCCAGUUUUUGAUCAACUUUUACAUUAGAAAUUUUGCUCCGAUCAGAAACUUCAACAGUGGUUUUGGGUGGACAAUGUUUUCAGUUAUAAUGUUAUUUUUCAUAGCAAUUUGAAAUUUUCGUUUUUUUUUUUUUUUUUUUUUUGUUUUAUUUGGAUAAAAUUGUUUUGGCCCAGUAAAAAUGUUUGAAAGUUUAACAAGUAGUUCAUAAUAUAAGUUGUUAUGGAUACAUACAAAUAUCACAAACACGUGGAUAUACAAUUUUUUUAAAUUGGAAAAACAUGAUUCGUUAUAAUCACCAGCAAUCAUAAAUUUUGUAGUCGAAAAUUAAUAAAAUGUAACGAAAAAAGUAUUGAAAAAUACACCCAUGGUGUAAAGUGGAUACAUGUCUGGUUUAAAAAGAAAUAAUGUACAUAAAAAUCAAUUUGGAAUAGGCUAUGAUGGCAUGUGUGUUUAUUAUUUGUGUUUAAAACUUUGAAACAUAGGCAUAUUAAAAACGCCUCGUGCAAGUAAAUACAGAUAAAUAACAAAUCUAUCGUUUUAUUAUUAUUGUGUUCAUUCUACGACGUAAUCUGAAAUAUUAUACUCUGGUAUUAAUUAAUAACAAGUAAUAAUAGUAUGUAUCAUAAUUGUGUAGAUUGAUGAUUCCUGCAAUACUGUAAAGUGCGCAGUCCUACUCGAGUAUUCUCAGACAAUAAUAUUACCACAUGAACUUUGAAUCGAUUCAUCAUUAUUAACGAACACUAACGCGAUUAUAGAUAUAUUUAUUGCACGUAAAUAGUCUCAACACGCAGCGUAUUGAAAUGUGAUAAUAUUGUUUUGUUUUAAUUAUAUGAUAAUAUUUAUGAUAAUUAUAUGAUAAUUUGCUGGUUUCGUAAUAGCUAUAGCAGCUGUAGCUAAUCAUAUUUGUGACGCACUGACUUCGUGACCCGAUUAGGUCGGUGUAGCUACUGUGUAACGUUCGUGUUGUCAUAGUCAAUAUGUAUUGAUAUUUGAAGGAGUUUUAAACACAAAUAAGAAAAAAGAAACUUAAUAACUAUAUACCUAAUAUGAGUUUUUUAAUUAUAAUAAUAAUAUUAUAACAAAUGUAUUUUUUAUAUAGUUUUAUUUUUAAUAAUCUUAAUUAACUUAUUAUUUAACUUGGUUGUAAUAUUCUAACAAGACUACAAUACUGUUAUCUAUGACUAUUAUACCUUAUAUUUGUAUGUAAGAUGUAUUAUUAUCGGUGUUUUAUCGGUUUGUGUUUUGGCGUGUUUAUCAUUAUAAGGAGACGUCUCGCCAGUGUAGUAAAAUAUAUAUGUAUAUAUUAUUAAGUGUUGAAACAAAGGCGUGGGACUAUAUGGUUAAACAAUUUGUUGAAUUUUGUAUCUACUUAUUGAUUAUAGCACAUUGUAUAUAUUAUAAUAUUUUUUGGCGUACGUAUUUACGUGUUUAAUAAUAUUUCUAGUUAUUAUUAAUCGAGUACACUUGAGUCGUGUAUAGGCAAUUACUUGUUUUGAUUCGUGCAGCUAUCGAAAAUUCGGUUUUAUUUUAUUUUAAGUAAAAUAACUCAGAAAAUGUUCGUUCGAAUUUCGAUUACAAUACGUCAAUGUUUUUAGAAAAAUCAUCUGAUCGAUAAUUUGCAUUAAAACAUGUAGGGGUUCUCAUUUGAAAAACCGAAUUUGGUAUUUUCACAGAAUACUUUUUAAAUGUUGUGAAAAAUAUAAGUAUUCGAAAAUAUUGUUGUUUACUACAAACAAAAAUUCAAAAAAUCAGUAUUUUAAUUUAUACACAAUUUAACCAUAAAUAUGGAAUGAGCAUGCUUAAAAAAUCACUCUGUAUUAUACGAAUAAAUUUCGUUUUCAUUUGUACAAAUUGUUUGCAUAUUAUAAUGUUUACAUGAUGAUAAUAUGUGUGUAUGUUUUUUUUGCAGUUAAGUCUGAGAGACAAUCCGUUGGUCGUUCGAUUCGUAAGCGAUUUGACUCAUAAUCCACCGUCGUUACUUGAACUGUCCGCAAGAUCGGUAAAAAUUAACAACGUAACGUACGGCGAACGCGACUUGCCUUACAAUUUGAUCGAAUACUUGUCGAGCGCGCACCAUUGCGUCAACCCUAAGUGCAAAGGUCAGUUCACGGUUGAAUAAUAAUAUAUACAUAUAUAUUAUAUUGAUUUUGAACAAUUGGAAAUUUACCAUCUCAAAAAAAAAAAAAAAUACCUUUUCGAAUUCCUCACUUUCAAAGUUAAAUUUAAAGACUUCACAAUUUCUUUUGCAGGUGUAUUUUUUGACGAUCGCGUGGAACACAUUAAAUUCGUGGAUUUUUGUGGAAAAUACCGUAUCCCACUGCUUCAGUACCUAUGCUCGUCAAAGUGCAUCGUCAAUCACAGUCACAUACACGGCGACAGCACCGACAGCAAUAUGAUGAGAAAAGUCUUACUUGGGUAAUGAAAGGAACGCAUGGUGUGUACAUAUUUUGUUGCCGAAAGUAUGCGGAUUACCAGCUAUAUUAUAAUGCUGCACAAUAUUUAAAAAGCAAUAAAUUAAUACUAGCAUACCAUUAUUAUAUACAAAAACUGGUAAUAAUAUUUAUUAUACUAUUAUAUCAUACACGGCCGACGUAUAUUGUCAAAAAUACAAAAAAACCGUAUAAAAUAUCGCGAGUUAAUGAAUUACGACCACCUCUAUGGAGUUUUGGGGACGAUAGGCCCUCCACCCUAUCGUCCCCGACCUAUCGGAAUUAUAUUAUUUCUGUUGAAUAUAAUUUGUCUUUAAAUUUUGUUUUUAUAAAAUAUAAAAUUAAAUUGAUAUUAUUUCGAAUACAAUUAUAUGAUUACCUUUACCUAUCCGACAUAAAAGUAAUUAUUUAUUUUUGAUAUUCCAUUAAUUGUAAAAUUAUGUUACCUAUUAUACAAUUUGCAAUCAGAUUAUUGUUUUAACAAUUUCGAUUUAUACUUAGGUUCCUUCAUUAUAAAAUUAUCCCAAAAAUAAAUUGAAUUAUAAUUAUCUAUUCAAUGGUUAGAUUACAGGAAUAGUAAAAUGGAUAUAAUAUGUAUAUGGGCAUGUAUACCUGUAAUCUAAAUAUCCUCUCACGUACUUAUAAACCUACCUUACCAUACCUUAUUUUAUAAGUGCCUAUUUAAAUUAUUAAAUCGUUCGUCUUAUGUCGGAUUUAUUUACAUAACAAUAUAUCAGUGCAUACUAAUUAAAUUAAAAUCAUAUAUAUAUAUAUAUAUAUUGAUAUUAUUAUUUGAAAAUUAAAAGUUAUUGAUAUCUGUGCAGUGACCGACCUAUAGGCACCUGCCUAUACCAACAUUCUUCAACAAGAGAUAGGAAAAUAAAUUUGCAAUAAAUAAUAAUUUUAAUACAAUAAAAACAUAAACACAAAUUUAAUAUUAUGAUGACUUGUGUGACAUUUUGAUAUUUUGAAUUUUCUACUAUAAAUUUAAAGUUGCUUGGGGGAAGGAAAAUUAGGUAAAAUUGUCAAAAUAUGCAUACAAAUAAUAAUCGAGAAUAUACAUUUAAAUCCGUAAUACAUGUACUAAAAAAAAAAUCUAUACUUAAGUAAAAUCUUUAACUAAACUUUAAUUUAGUUCUUUAAUCUUGAUAUUAUGUUGAAAAGAAAAACAAAUAGGUAGGAAUAUUUUUUAAUAUGUUUUUUCUUACGUGAUAAUACAUUAUUGUUUUAUUGUGCCACUAAUAUUUUUUACAUUUAAUGUUCAAUACAACCAAAAUGUUUUUGUAAAGAGAACAACUUAUUUUAAUGUUUGGAAAUGUGCCGUGUAUUUAGAAAAUGUUAAAUAAUUUCCAGAUUUUCAGAUGUUCUGGUAAAAUUGUUUAACAUUUUUAAUAUUACAUUGAAUUUAUAUUUCUUUUUAACAUUUUUCUUUUAAAAUGUUUGAAAUAUUCACAAAAUAAGCAAGUAUAUCUACAUAUACCUAGGUAUAUGUUUGCUAAAAAUUGUCGAAUUAUGCAAAAAGUUAAGAACAAGAGACCGUUUAAUUAAAAUGUACGUAUGGAGUAUGGCAUUAUAUUAUGGUAGUAGUGAAAAAUGGACAUAAAAAAAAUUAUGAAAACAUUUAAGAAGCUUUAGAAAUUUGGUAUUUGAGCAAAUAAAAUGGACAGAAAUGAAGACAAACACAGAAAUGCUAGAAUUAGUAAAAGAGAGAAUAAUUUUGCUAAAAAAUAUAAGAUCAAAAUGAUGGUAUAUGAUAUCACUGAAGCACAAAGAUGUAUUCCAUAGCAUCAUACUAGAAGGUAUAAUCGAAGAGAAAUGUGGAUGCAAAAGGCUAAGAACAUGUUUUAUAGGUCUAAUAGUCAGAGAUGCAAGAGUUGAUUCGUGUAGACAAUAAAUAGAUAACUCAAAUAUAAGGCAUAUGCAAGAGAAUCAUGAAGAGAGCAUUUUAUUUCCUACCAACCUAAAUAAUAAAUUCAUAAUUGAACUGUAGGGAUUAUGGCCUGUAAUUGUAUCUUGGUUCGUCUUGGUUUGCUAUAAAUAUACUUGUAGAAACCUAUUUUAACUUAUCAUCUCUAAUUACCUAUUAUUAUAAAAUAAAAGCCACCUAGUCUGCUUGUAUUAUUUUUAUCAAAAAUUAUUUUAAUAAUUUAUAGUAUAGGAUUUAAUAUAUUAUUUAGUAAUGUAUUUGUUUUACUAAGAUGUAUUGAUUUAUUUAGACCACUGCUCAUAAUAAAGAAAAUAUUAUUUCUAUAAUAUCUGUGAGUUGUAAAUAGUAAUUACUUAUUAGUUAUUACUAAAGUCAUUAAAGGUAGGUACUACAGCUAGUAGGUACUACAUUGUUAAGCCAAUCAGCAGACCUAAUACGAUUUUAAAAUGUAAGAACAAAUAAUAAAACAUAUUAUAACUAAUCGUAACAUUAUUAUAACCUACACCAUUAAAUCUCAAAACUGCUGUGUAGGUCAAACUUACAUUAGGUACCUACCUGCCUACUUGGUAUUACAUGGUAGGUACCUAGCUACUUGUGUAGGUACAUGUAUGUGUUUUUUUGUACACUUCACUGCAUGCGCGAAAAUUAAUUUAUGAAAUGUACCUACCUACUUAUAUAGACACUUAUAUUAUUAUUUCAAUAAAAACAAAAGUUACAUCAUUUUUACAAGAUUAUGUAGUUAGUUUGAUGAAUAAAUAAUAUUAAAAUCGUCAACGCACAAUCAUAUCUCUAAUUAUUUGUAAAUAGACAAUUAUAUAUUAUUAUUUAUCUAUACCACCUGUGAUAUUAAUUUUUAUGAUAGACUUUUUGUUUAAUAUGUGUAGGUGCCUACUUACUUAACAGUUACCUAUCAUAUCAUGUUAUAUCAUGUUUAUCAAAGAUAAAAUUAAAAUGACUAAUAUUGCAGCUAUUUUGAAUCUGGUAGAUUGAAUCAUUAAAUCAUGAAAAGUACUCUACCUACUAGAGACUUUUUCCUGAAAAAGAAUCGUUCUUAUUAUUUGUGUUUAAAGUUAAAAUUUUGACAAAAAAUAAAAAAUAAAUAAUAAUACCUAAUAGGUAAUAGCUAGUCUACAAAUUAAAUUACCCAUGUACCAACACAAUAAUUAUUUAUGUAUAUCUAGUCACAAAGUAAUUUAUCAACAAAUAUUUAACAUAACUUGGCUCAGAAUCAUUUUUUGUUUGUAAUGAAUAAUGAUAACCAAAUCAUUGCAUAGGCACAGUAUAAAAACUAAUUUAUUUUAAAUAAAGUUAAUAAAUAUAUAAAAAUAAAAUUAGUUAAUGAAUCAAUGCGUCGCCUGGAGUAUUAUGAUAAGCGUAUUAUACGACUGGUUUCGAAUUAAAAAUUCAUCAUAAGGUAUAUCAGUCAAAAUGUAAAACGCGACUGAGUAUAAAAGAGAACUGAUAUUGGGGAUGGGAUCGGCCACAGUUAUAAGUGAGAAAUUGGGAAGGUAGGAUAUAUAAGGUUAUUUCAUUUAUAUCUGUAAUCAAGAAUAAACCAUUGCUUGACAAAAGACGAUUCCGAGCGCGGUUCGGUAAUACAUAAUUUGAAGAACUUUUUUUUGCAAUUUUCGUUUAAAUUUAAUUUCAAAACGCUUAUUAAAAAAAAAAAGUCCGAUAAUUUUGGAAAUUUUACCAUGUCUAAUAGUACCGUAAGAAAGUAAGUAAAUAAGGAAACAAAAAAGGUUUCCUGUGAUUUUUCGAUUAAGUCAUUUUUUUUUUGGUAGAAAAUGUCGUCCGUAUUUUUAUAAAAUAAUGAAAUUGUACGUUUUCCUACGUUUUUUCUCACAUAAGUGCUUUUAUUUAAAAAGUGGCGUCGAAAUUCAAAAAAUGACCUCUUGAGUUUUCAGAAAAGUUGCUAUACGUAUAAAUCGGAGUAAGUUUACUAGAAGAAAAAGUGUCCACAGACUAUAUAAAAAGAAAAAAAAACCAAUAGCUCCAUUGUUACUUUAAGAAUCUAAUAUUAAAUGAAGGAAUACAUGGAAAAAAUUAUACAAAUUGGUCG